AUGUCUUCUUCCACUGUGAUUCAUGACUCCUCCGACCCAUUGGGUCAGCAAAAGGGACUACAACAGUUCAAGCAUGUUGAGCGAGUUGAAAAACCCUCCAAUGAAGACCUGACGUAUGAAAAUGAUGAGGAGCCCGAACUUCAUGCGCAGACAUAUAUCGCGUUGGCUGCCAUGUUUCUUCUCAACCUGGUCCAAGUCUUCGCUCUUCUGGGGCCACCGUCAGGUCUGUCCUAUAUCGAAAAGGACCUCAAUGAUACACUCAACGGGACAUGGGUGCCAAAUUCCCUCUCGCUUGUUCAAGCGGUGCUCGCUCCUCUCAUUUCCUCCGCGUCGGACACCUUCCAAGCCCGCAAAGUACUCCUGGUUGUUCCAGCUAUUAUAUCAUUCAUUGGAUGUGCAAUCGCACCUGGUUCAGGCAGUAUAUAUCGCCUGAUUGCAGCCCAAGUCCUGAUCGGGUUCGGGUUUGCUACGGUACCCUUGGCAUACUGUAUCCCCAGUGAGAUUAUCCCACGAAAGUGGAGACCUAUGGCUCAGGCUUUCAUGAAUAUUGCGGCUGCUCUAGGUGCUUGUGCAGGACCUUUGAUUAUUGGGUCGUUGACCAAGAAGAACCCGCACACCGGCUGGCGUUACUUUUACUGGAUUCAGAUGGCUCUCUGGGGAAUGACUGCAGUCUGUCUUUUUGUUGGUUACAGACCACCGAAGCGACACACUCGCUUAGAUCACCUGUCGUUCUAUGAGAAGCUCGGCCGGUUGGAUAUUCCCGGAAUGUUCUUACUUACAGCAGGGCUAACACUGCUACUGACUGGCCUUAAUCUGGGCGGUGGUCUGUAUCCAUGGGCCAGUGCCACGGUAUUGGCGACCUUGAUUAUCGGGAUUCUCGCCUUGAUUGCUUUUGGUAUUUAUGAGUGGAGAUUUACCACAACUGGCAUUCUUCACCAUGACCUGUUUAAAGGUCCAAACCACGGUGGCCGUACUUUCGGAAUCUGCAUUGGUCUUAUCUUUAUCGAGGGUGUUCUGCUCUUUGCAUUUGUCAUCUUUUAUCCAGUCUUAACAAAAACUUUGUUUGAAACAGACCCAUUCCUCAAUGCUGCCCGACAACAACCAUAUUGGAUUGCCUCAGCUUUGAGCACUUUGGUAUACGGAUACGCAAGCGUCAAAUUUCGAACUAUCCGAUUUCCCAUGAUUGCCGGAUUUGUCAUAUUAACAGGUGGUAUUGUGGGACUAACAACUAUUCAGCCUGGCAAUGACUUCAACGCCCUUGCAUUCGCUGCUCUAACAGGUCUCGGGUUUGGUGCGCCACUCAUUCUAAUUAUCGCCGGAGUUCAGCUGUCGGUCCCACAUCAUCUCAUUGCCACAGCCACGGCUGCAACUACAUGCUCUCGGGCUGUCGCUGCGGCUGUAUUUACAGCUAUCGCUUCUGCGGCUAUGAAUAGCAGACUGGAGAAGUAUAUCCCUACAUACACAGCCAAAGCCGCUCUAGAGGCAGGACUUCCUAAAUCUUCUCUCGUUGGCUUUAUCAAAGCUCUCACAUCUGAAGAUACUGCGGCUCUCCAGAAAGUUGCUGGCGUCAGUUCCCACAUUAUUGAGGCGGGGGUCAUGGCCCUCAAGCAGGCUUACGCAGAUGGAGUUAGGAUUGUCUUCAUUAUAGCAGCGCCUUUUGGCGUGGUAGCUAUCUUAGCAUGUAUCUUCUUGGGUGAUUUGAAGAGUGUUAUGAACUAUGGAGUCGAUGCCCCAGUCGAGAAUCUGCAGGCCAAGCAUUCUCGACAGGACAAUGUCUAG